AAGCUUGGGUUUGGAUCACGUGAACAGAAUUUACCCAAUCAGCGCGCUGUCAGUCUCCUCCCAGUUUUCAUUCAAAUAUACACAGAGACAGAAGAACAGACGUUCAGAAGAGCCUGCAACGGCAGAAGAGUCCUCUGAUUAGCCAGCUAGCACUGGAGAGCUUCUUUUAACUCAGUGCCUGCUGGUAGUUACAGUCAGUCACUGAUAGUGCAGUCCACUGCCGUCAGUUAACAAUGGCAGAGGGAGAGGGAGAGGUGGAGUGGGAGUUAUGCAAAGAGAAUAUCCAGCCUCUGAGACGUGGCCGAGCCAUCUCUGCCCUGCAUCAAGCCCUCAGCCAGCAGCAAGAGGGCACCUCUAGUGCCAUCAACCAACAAAAACAAGCAUACGAGUUAGAGCUUCGGAUGUACGAUGGAGAUGACCCUCUUGACGUCUGGGAUAGGUACAUAAAAUGGAUAGAACAGACUUACCCACAGGGUGGUAAGGAGAGCGGUUUGACUGUUCUUCUGGAGCGAGCAGUCAUGAAGUUUACGGAAGAAAAAAAAUAUCACAACGAUUCCCGUUAUGUUGACCUUUGGAUCAAAUUUACAGAAACUUGUUCUGAUCCGCUGGAUGUCUACCGGUACAUGCAAGCUCAGGGAAUAGGGACAAUGCAGGCAUCUUUUUACAUUGCAUGGUCUGAAGAGUAUGAAAAAAGGGGAAACUCGCGGAUGGCCGACAGCAUAUUCCAAGAAGGUUUAAAGUGUGGGGCUGAACCUCUAGACAGAUUACAGCAAUUUCACAAGGCCUUACAGGCACGAGUGUGUAGGCAGAUGAUGACAUCAAUGAAUGAUCAGGAAGCAGAUGAUGAGCUUUCAGAGCCUCAGAGGGCUUCACUCGCAGAGCUGAAAGCCAAGGGAAAGAAAAAAGCUGUUGCUCCUAUCAGUAGGGUGACUGGAACUGUUGGCUAUGCCAGGGGUCUGCAGUUUAAACAACCAGUUGGGCCAAGUCACAACAGUAGACUUGUGAUAUUUGAUGAGAAUAAGGAGGACUCUGAGCCUCAGGAACUCAAAUUAGAAAGUUGGGCAGCCCCUCCAACUGCUAAGGCCAAGGAGAAUGAACAGAGACCUGAUAAAUGGACUAAUGCUAAGUUGCCGCAGAAGUCCAGGUUUGGCCACAGUGUCGUCGCUCCGCCUCCAAAACCAACUUUCCAGCCCUUUGUGGAGGAGAGUGAUCAGCCUCCUGUGGUAACUCCAUGUAAGCUCAACCCAGCAGUGAACACUGUACUUUCAGCGAGGAAGCCGUGUCGUGAGGAGCAAACGCCACUGAAGAGGCUACAAGAGAGGCAGCAGCACAUGCAGGUCCAGCAGGAAGAUGAGGACAAAAGUGGAGAGAAGAGCAUGUACUGCAAGGAGCUGCUGUUCAGCGGUGUCACUGAAUUUUCCUUUGAAGAGCUGCGUGCUGAGCGAUACCGCCAGAAAUGCAGCCAGAGACUGGAAGCUGCCAGCAGUGAAGCAAACAGUAAAGAAGAACCACACACUAGUCAAAAGGACUGACAAGAGCAAGCAGUCAUGUCAAUGAUCUAGACUCUAAAUGAGCCUCUAUAGUCAGUGUUGGUUUUUAUGUUAGUUCUCUUGUUGUACCUAAAGAAAUAGAACCUGAGAAGUCUUGCAAAAAGUAUUGAUAGCUGUUCUGUGAUUGAACGUGGGUAAUAUCAGUACCUGAGAUCUUCUCAUUCAAAUAUACUCUUUAUACUGAUGCUUGACUGCUGACCAUCCCGGGAUUCUACUUCUACAGUUGUACUUAUCCAUGUGAUUUUGUACAUGUAUAUAUAUUUUUUAUAAAACCACUAUCACUAUCUUGAUCUUGAAAAUGUUGUACUAGCAAUUAUGUAGAAGUAUGGUGUAUCCAAUGUAAACUUUUUAUAUAAAUAGCUACUGCAGCUUUUGGGCAUAUUGACCCUGAUACUGUAUGACAUACACCUUUGGUAACUCAUUGGAAGAACCACGUAGUUUAAUAAACACAUGCAGUUUUUUCA